AUAAAAGACCAGCUGACAAAAUUGAGCAGCCUAGAUUUUACAUGCGUAUAAACGAGAACUUCUUAAGAAAACCAGAACAAAUUUUCAACUGCCAGCUUGUGCCCAAGCACUUUCUGAGCAUUACGAUCAUGGGCUGGUACCGCCUCCUUUUUUUCAAUUUCCAGGAUUUUGUCACACCGUGGCAGCCUGACAUUGCUAAUCUUCUUACCUUCCUACCGACCGUACUUUACCAUGGGAGGAGGAUAUUUGGGACUACAAUUCAGACGCAUCGAAGGGAGAGGGCACUAAGUUAUCCAGAAAACGAAGUGUGGUCAACAAGUCAACAAGAGACAGUGCACCUAGCCCGUGCCUAGUCAGAGUUAAAAAUUGGGUGUGAAGGCGGCUCUAGGCUGAAGUUGAGCGUGAACAGGAAAACGAGGGCAACAUUAUGUUAAGCAGCGACGAGGAGAGCGCAAAUGAUAAUGGCAAUCAGCAAGAAGAUGAGGUUAACACUGACGCGCACAAUGAGGAGCUUGAACCUAAAAAUCAGUCUCGUAGUAAACGCUUGUUGCCCAGAAUGCUCGGUAGCCGAAGUCGGGUUUGCUUUCAACCCCAAAGAGAAUCGAGCGAUUAAUAUGAGGAGACUAGAAAAAAGUAUUAAAACAAGGGACGACCCAAACUUCAGACCAAGUAUUCAAGCGAACUUCUCUAAAGCAAAUUGUAUCUGUUUUGAAUCUUGUGUAUAGAAAAUAUCAGUAUGAGUAGGUACUUAGAUACAAUCAAGGCUGUCUAGGUUGGUAAGUGACUAGCAACUUGAUCUUUACAUGCGAGAUAAGACACGACAUCUAACAGAUUGUACAAAACUUAAAUCGGCAUUUCUGAUAAAAUGGUGAAUAUCUGCUUAUUCUGGCACGUGAAUGGAAAAAACCAACUGAAAUGGUCAGAAUUUAUGAGGGUAUAGAUCUAAGGAUGAUCAAUUUAUUCAAUUAGACAAAAUUCCGUAGAGGAUAGGAGAUAUUGACUUACAUUGAGUAGUGAAUUAAGAGUGAAAUAGUAGAAUUGGUGCACUAGGAGGAUCAGAAUUCCAAGAUUGCUAGAGCAAGAACAGAUAUUGCUCUGAAGAGAAAACCUGUAAAGUAGAUCUCGGCUCCUUACGAUGUGUUGAUACUUUCAUAUAUACCUCUGUUUUGAGACACUUCUGUAUUCUUCAAUUGCUCAAUUCAAUUUACUCCAACUAUUGUGGAGAUAGCACUCAACCUUAGUUGCACUGCUAUAGCACAGUACUAAAAGAAGAUUUAUGCGAUGAAGAUGAGUGAACAGUGUAGUUUGUGACAUCCCAGACACGUUUGAGUCGCGCGUGAACUACUUCAACCUCACUAUGCACUUCAACCUCACAGUCUCCAACAGAAACUGCUCCAGGAGACAAGCUCUGGAGUUGCUGCGACAUUGGCAAAAAUUACCCAUUAAACAACCGGUGGGUGGCUUAUUCUCCAGAAUUUGUCUCGGAAAUGGUUACUACAUGCAGUUCGAACCAUCAAUGAGUUUCACGGAUGUUGUCGUAAAGCGGGACUUCUCAAUGCUUCAAUCUACUAUCGAUAUGAUGGAUCGCAAUUUGGACGUGGUCCUCAUAACAGAGCUCUUCGACGAAUCUCUGAUCGUUCUACAACAGCAUUUGAAAUGGCCUCUGAAAGACUUAGUUUACUUCAGAAAAAUGGAAAGAAUGAUAGGAGCAAAUGUGAGAAAUUCAUCCAGUUUGACGUUCGAAGAAGAAAAAGAAUACCAAAAUUUGUCUCGGUCAUAUUUAACUGCCGAUGAUCAAAUAUACAAACAUUUCCGACAAAAAAUGGAACGGCAAAUUACUGAACUGGGAUCUGGAUUUGUGAUUGAGAAAGUAGAAGAGCUGAAAGUGUUGAACCUAAAAACAGCUGCAAAAUGUGGUUUCAAGAAAAGUUUUGAGAAGAUAUCUUACAAACCUAAUCAUUUAUUCAGUAACGUUAAUAUUUCGAGAGCCAACAUUUCUGAAAACUUACUCAACUUCUGCAGAGAGUUUACCUACUCAGAUCGCAAAUUUGGAAAGUAUCUCAAAAAACUUCAAAAACAGCGUGAGAAUUCGUGAUUAAAUGGAAAUUUAUAUUAAGAAAAUCAUUGUUCCAGCUUCCAAAGAAAAGUGACGGAAUAGUCAC